GGUUGAAAGCUGCAAGUGAGAAAUUCAGUUGUCCCGCGACUUUUAUCAACAGCAGUUCGUUUUAUUUCAAAACACGCAGAAAAGCAAAAUUCAAAACAAACAAAACACAAGGAAACAUUGCAAUACUUGAAACGUCCAACUUUCAGUAAUAAAAAAAAAUAAACAAGAAAACAUAACAAAAUGAAAUCGUUCGCUUUGGUCGUGAUAUUGGCUCUCGCACUCUGUGUCGCGUUUGUGCACGCCGAUUGUGAUGACGAUUCGUCAAAGAGUUCCGAUGACGGUGAGGUGAAGCAGUUCUUCAAGAAUUUGGGCUGCAAAAUUCAAAAGGGCGCCGAAAAUCUGCAGGAGAACACCAAGCCGUGGACUGACAAAAUCGGUGCUUCAGCCAAAGAGUUCGGUAACACGGUUGCCCAGAAAUACGAUGAACUGAAGCACAAAUUAACGGACGACAACGAUUCCAAUGGUCCAUCAACCCCAUUCGCAGUAGUAGCAAAUGCGCCCACCGAGAAGGUGCCUUUGGCUCCAUUGAGCGGUGAAGCCGCACCGGUUGCCGGCAGUAACCCAGCUUUAACUGCGCCUGUAGUAGCGGCUGGCAAAGACGCAUGAAUGUCCCAGAGGACAAACACUUGACCAUCUACGCCAAUGUCGUCCGAAUGUUUAAUGUAUUUUCGAAUUGGCUAAUUUAGUUAGGCGGCGUAGGGAAGUGUAACGAAGUGACGAAUAAUGUCAAAUUUAGUGCAGAGAAUUAAGUGGAGUAUUUUUAGUGCAGACAGGAAGACAAAUCAAUAAGAUGAUUGGCAUUAUUGCCAUUAAAAAUAAUUCAUAACUAAUUAACAUACGAUAUUUAAAUAUAACAAUGAAAUUUUUUAUAAAUAAUUGGCUAGACUAACCGAUGUUAAAAAUUUACAGUAAAUUUUUGAGGAAAUACACGUACACUCCCAUACAUACGAGAGUAUAUGUAUUGUGUGAGUAACCAUUAAA